AUGUCAAACUCAACACACCCCAUCAUCCAUGUCACCAUCAAACCAAUGUUCAACCACUUACACCAUGUCGAAUCUCUUUCAAUCUCACUAUCAGUCAAAUCCUACAUCUUCAAAACAGGAGAUACAAUCCUCUCAUCCCAAACCGCCCACACAAAGAGAACAGACACAGACAUGCCCGAUCGGCCAGUGACCGAUGAAUUGGGUGACUUCCCAAUGGAAAUUUCACACCCCGAACCUUAUACUACUAAAAGCUGCAUCGCUUCACGCGACUCCUCAGGCGAUGUAAAUAUAUUUUACAAAGCCUGUCCUGCGACUAGAAAGAAAAUGGCAGAUUGGGACCAACCUAGCGCUAUAGAUCUGAAAUACGAUCAAGGAUGUAUCAUCGGCACUGGCUUCUCUUUCAUUCCACUCAUUGCUGGGGACGAGGAUUUUCGGACAGUCGUCGAAUGGAAUCUCGACGCUUCUCCUAAGGGCACGAGAGCAGUCUGGACAUACGGUGAAGGUCCCGACCCAAUCGAAAAAAUCGGCCCUGCUUCAGUCCUCCUCGACUCAGUCUACAUGAUCGGUCCCAUCAACAGCACACCCCCCUCAACCCCGCCCUCUGAGUACGGAUCCUACUAUUUCGGCACUCUCCCCCCGAACAUCUCCCUAAUCAACGACAUCCACUUCCCUCUCUUCACCAAAACAGCCUCAUUCUUCAACACCCCACCCCCUCUCUACCGCUCCUUCACAACCCUCUCCCCCCUCUCCCGCACCACCCACUCCACCCCCCUCCCACAUGCCCACAUCCUUACAUACACACCCCAAAUCCACCUCAUCGACGACUACACCCUCAUCCGCCGCCUCACGCACUCACUCCUACACCCCUACCUGCCCCCCUCCUGGCUAGGCGAGGGCAUCAAACAUCUCUUAUCCAUCUACCUGCCCUUCCGCCCGCCGGGCCAGGUGCGCGAUGGGAGCUAUUUUCAGGAUACGGUUAAUGUGCUGGUUGCGAGGUAUUAUACGAGUCCGUAUCUGCGUGUGAGUAUGGACCGGCUUUUACGGCUUGCGGAGGAGGAGGGAGAUAAGGAUGCGCACGAACAUGCGGGGGUUAGGGGGUGGGCGUAUGUUCUUUCUGUUGAUCUUGCUGCUAGGAAAGUGGUGCCUGUGACGAAGCCGCCACAGAGACCGGUGGAAGAUCUGGCUGUUAAACCGCUUGUGGCUGGUGGGAGGGACUGGGGGAUCGAGGAGUUCAUUAGGUGUCUGACGCCGUUGAUGGGAGCUGAGCCGCGGGAACGGUAUGAGCGGAUGUGCGAGGGCACUCCGAUUUUGUUCCCGGUUGAGUUAUUUGGCGCGAAAUCUCAUCGCCUCGUACCUGUGCAACAGGAGGUUUUCGAGUUAGGCAUGGAGAGGCAAGCGUUUGAGGGGGGUGUGGUGAAGGGGUUAAAGGGGGGAUGUAGAGCGGAGGUUGCGGGGGUUAGGGAGGGUGAUGAGGUGGUGUGGAAGGAGAUGGGAGAUGGGUUUGAGGGGGUGGUGGAGGUUGGUGUGAUGAGGGGGGAGGAGAGGUUGGAGUUUAAGUGGUGGCCGAGGGGGUGGGAGAGGGUUGAGAGUUGGCGGUUGGAGAAGGUGGAGGAUUCAUAA